UUCCGGGACGCUCCGAGUGCGUCCUAGGUCUCGGGGGUUUCGCAGAUCACAGGCCCAGGGCCCGCGUCCGAGUGUCAGGUUGGAGCCGGGAAACGUCCCAGGGGGUAGCGGCGGCGGGGGCAGGAUGAGCGCGGAGGCGGCGGACCGGGAGGCGGCCACCUCCAGCCGGCCCUGCACCCCGCCGCAGACCUGCUGGUUCGAGUUCCUGCUGGAGGAGUCGCUGUUGGAGAAACAUCUGCGCAAGCCCUGCCCGGAUCCUGCACCAGUUCAACUUAUAGUCCAGUUUUUGGAACAGGCUUCUAAACCUUCAGUUAAUGAACAGAACCAAGUUCAACCUCCACCUGAUAACAAGAGAAAUCGUAUUUUAAAGCUUCUUGCUCUUAAAGUUGCUGCACAUUUGAAGUGGGACUUAGACAUAUUAGAGAAAAGUUUGUCUGUUCCAGUAUUGAAUAUGUUACUAAAUGAACUGCUGUGCAUCAGUAAAGUUCCUCCCGGAACAAAGCACGUAGACAUGGAUCUGGCCACUUUACCUCCAACCACUGCCAUGGCUAUACUUCUCUACAAUAGAUGGGCAAUUAGGACAAUUGUUCAAAGUAGUUUUCCUGUCAAACAACCAAAACCUGGACCUCCUCAGUUAAGUGUUAUGAAUCAGAUGCAACAGGAGAAAGAGCUAACAGAAAAUAUUUUGAAAGUGCUAAAAGAACAAGCUUCUGAUUCUAUCUUGGUACUAGAGGCAGCCCUUAAAUUAAACAAGGAUCUUUAUGUCCACACGAUGAGAACGCUAGAUUUAUUGGCCAUGGAGCCAGGCGUGGUAAAUGGAGAGACUGAGAGUUCCACUGUUGGAUUGAAAAUCAAAACCGAGGAGAUGCAGUGCCAGGUGUGUUAUGAUUUGGGUGCAGCAUACUUCCAGCAAGGCUCUACAAAUCCAGCUGUCUAUGAAAAUGCCAGAGAAAAAUUUUUUAGAACCAAAGAACUAAUUGCAGAGAUAGGUUCAUUAUCUCUUCAUUGUACCAUAGAUGAGAAGCGGUUAGCUGGCUAUUGUCAAGCGUGUGGUGUUCUUGUACCUUCUUCUGAUAGUGCAUCUCAGCAAUUGACUCCAUAUAGUCAAGUCCAUAUUUGUUUGAGAUCUGGCAACUAUCAGGAGGUAACAAAGAUUUUCGCUGAAGACAAUUUAACCUUCAGUUUACCUGUGCAGUUCCGGCAGUCAGUCCUAAGAGAGCUCUUUCAGAAAGCUCAACAGGGAAAUGAAGCUCUAGAUGAAAUCUGUUUUAAAGUCUGUGCCUGUAACACAGUCCGUGAUAUAUUGGAAGGUAGAGCGAUUGGUGUUCAAUUUAACCAGCUAUUUCUUAGACCUAAUAAAGAGAAAAUAGACUUUCUUCUUGAGGUAUGUUCAAGAUCAAUAAAUUUAGAAAAAGCUUCAGAUUCUUUGAAAGGAAACAUGGCUGCUUUUCUAAAGAAUGUGUGUCUGGGGUUGGAAGACCUGCAGUAUGUUUUCAUGAUUUCUUCACAUGAGCUUUUCAUUACAUUGUUGAAAGAUGAAGAACGAAAGCUACUGGUUGAUCAGAUGAGGAAGAGAUCCCCUAGAGUAAAUCUGUGCAUUAAACCAGUAACUUCAUUUUAUGAUAUCCCAGCCUCAGCAAGUGUCAACAUUGGCCAGUUGGAGCAUCAGCUGAUAUUGUCAGUAGAUCCCUGGAGGAUUCGACAGAUUUUAAUUGAAUUACAUGGUAUGACUUCAGAGCGCCAAUUCUGGACCGUGUCUAAUAAGUGGGAAAUACCUUCUGUCUAUAGUGGUGUUAUCCUGGGAAUCAAAGACAAUUUAACAAGAGAUUUGGUUUACAUUCUAAUGGCCAAAGGUUUACACUGCAGUACUGUUAAGGACUUUACCCAUGCUAAACAGCUAUUUGCUGCUUGUUUGGAGUUGGUGACAGAAUUCUCACCAAAACUUCGUCAGGUCAUGCUGAAUGAGAUGCUGCUUUUGGAUAUUCAUACACAUGAAGCUGGAACAGGGCAAUCUGGAGAGAGACCGCCUUCUGAUCUUAUUAGUAGGGUGCGAGGAUAUCUAGAAAUGAGGCUUCCUGAUAUUCCUCUUCGUCAAGUUAUUGCCGAGGAGUGUGUUGCUUUUAUGUUAAACUGGAGGGAAAAUGAAUACCUUACCCUGCAAGUUCCUGCAUUUCUGCUUCAGAGUAAUCCAUAUGUAAAGCUUGGACAGCUUUUAGCAGCUACAUGCAAAGAACUUCCAGGCCCUAAAGAAAGUAGGCGGACUGCUAAAGACCUUUGGGAAGUUGUUGUUCAGAUCUGUAGUGUGUCCAGUCAACACAAACGAGGAAAUGAUGGCAGAAUUAGUUUAAUAAAGCAGAGGGAGUCUACGUUAGGUAUAAUGUAUCGGAGUGAACUGCUUUCUUUUAUCAAAAAAUUACGGGAACCGUUGGUUUUGACUAUUAUUUUAUCACUCUUUGUGAAACUUCACAAUGUUCGGGAGGACAUUGUGAAUGAUAUUACAGCUGAACACAUUUCUAUCUGGCCGUCCUCCAUCCCCAACCUCCAGUCCGUGGACUUUGAAGCCGUGGCUAUCACAGUGAAAGAGCUAGUUCGGUAUUCCCUCAGUAUAAACCCAAACAACCAUUCCUGGUUAAUUAUUCAGGCAGACAUUUAUUUUGCAACAAAUCAGUAUUCGGCAGCUCUUCACUAUUACCUCCAGGCAGGAGCGGUGUGUUCUGAUUUCUUUAAUAAGGCUGUGCCCCCAGAUGUUUAUACAGACCAGGUAAUAAAACGAAUGAUAAAGUGCUGUUCUUUGCUGAAUUGCCACACACAGGUGGCAAUUUUAUGUCAGUUCCUCAGAGAGAUUGACUACAAAACAGCCUUUAAAUCACUGCAGGAACAAAACAGUCAUGAUGCUAUGGACUCCUACUAUGACUACAUAUGGGAUGUUACCAUUUUGGAAUACUUGACUUAUCUUCAUCACAAAAGAGGAGAAACAGAUAAAAGACAAAUUGCGAUCAAAGCCAUCGGCCAGACAGAAUUGAACGCGAGCAACCCAGAAGAAGUGUUACAGCUGGCAGCGCAGAGAAGGAAAAAAAAGUUUCUUCAAGCAAUGGCAAAACUUUACUUUUAAGCAGUUAGUUAAAAUUUUUUAACUUUUAUUUUUUAAACAAUGGGCUAAAAAUAAACAGUAUUAAAAGAUUAAGUUUAUAUAAUACA